GAGGGAGGGAGGGAGGGAGCGUGGGAAAUGGGUAUGUGGCGGCGACUUUUCCACAACGUGUAGACAAAGCAGCUGUUUGCUCUCCACCAUCCAAAAAUUUUAAAAAAUAAAAAUAAAACUUGUAUAACUAAUUAUCGGAUUCCCUUUUGAAAAAACUAAAUAUCGGAUUGAUUACCUGUUUGUGUUGUCUUCAUAAUCAUCACACUUGUUGUCUAUCUAUUUUACAAUCGUUCGUCAGCUGUUCGAAGAAAACAUAGAUUGAAUUGAAGCAGGAUAGAUGAUUGUUUAUAGACAUAUUCGUUGUUCGGUAGGCUCCACGCUUGUUUUGAAGCUCUAAUCGUUGAUUUAAUCCACUUAUUGGGACCAAUUGGGGAGCAUCAAGCAUCUUGAGGGUUUACUGAUCUCAUCUUUCUGUAAUGGACGAAACCAAAGUUGUUGGAGAGGGUACGACUACAAAUGGUGAACCUUCUACAAAUUCACCAGAUGAUAAACCCGUUUCAGGUGCACCAAUGCCAGUAACUGAUGAACCUGAAACCGAACAAAAAACCUCCAUUGACCCAAAACCAUCUAAUCUUCCCUCCGAGGAUCUCUCUACACCUGUAAAAACAAAACCUGAUGACGAUAGUCCGAAAAGCAACUUACUUGUUCAAGAAGCAGCGUUAUCACCAAUUCCAUCAGAAACAUCUGCACAAAAACCAAACGAUGCUACUCUUGAAAGUAAUGGCAAUCGUGUUGAGACGGUUAGUCCCAAGAACACGAGCUCAAGAAUAGGUGAUAUCGAUACCGCUUCACCUUUUGAAUCCGUUAAAGAAGCCGUUUCCAAGUUCGGCGGCAUUGUUGACUGGAAAGCCCACAAAGCCCAAACCUCUGAGAAACGCAAGUAUAUAGAACAAGAACUUCAGAAAACAAACGACGAGAUCCCGUUACUGAAGAAAAAUUCUGAAGCAGCCGAAGAAGCAAAACAACAAGUAUUAAAGGAGUUAGACAGCACUAAACGGCUCAUAGAAGAACUAAAACUGAACCUCGAGAGAGCACAAACCGAAGAAAACGAAGCGAAACAGGACUCCGAGUUAGUCAAACUAAGAGUCGAAGAAAUGGAGCAAGGGAUCGCUGACGAAUCUAGCGUUGCCGCCAAGGCACAACUGGAGGUUGCGCAAGCGAGACACGCAGCUGCGGUUUCCGAGCUGGCCACCGUGAAAAAUGAGCUUGAAAAUCUCCGUAAAGAAUAUGACGUAUUGGUUUCCGAAAAGGAUAUAGCGGUUAAAAAAGCUCGGGAAGCGGCAUCUGCGUCGAAAGAAGUCGAGAAAAAGGUGGAAAACCUAACUAUCGAACUCAUGAUGACGAAAGAGUCGUUAGAGUCAACACAUGCUGCUCAUUUAGAGGCUGAAGAACAUCGAAUCGGAGCCGCAAUGGCACGUGAUCAAGAUGCGUUAAACUGGGAGCGAGAGUUGAAACAAGCGCAAGAAGAAAUUGAAAAGGUCAACCACCAGAUCGGCUCGGUUGAAGAUCGGAAAUCGAAACUCGAUGCCGCUACAGCUUUGCUUAACGACUUGAAAACCGAAUUAGCGGCUUACAAGGAGUCAAAGUUGAGUCAAGAAGAUGUUAACAAUCCUGAUAAUGAAAUACAAUCAGCGAAGAACAAUGUUGAAGAGGUGAAACAAAACAUUACGAAAGCAACAGAAGAGAUCGAUUAUUUAAAAAUGGCCGCAAGUUCGUUAAAAACCGAGUUAGAGAAAGAGAAAGCUGCACUUGCCGCCAUUAGGCAGCGAGAAGGGAUGGCGGCGGUGGUGGUUGCGUCUCUUGAAGCCGAACUAAACCGAACAAAAUCGGAAAUCGCGCUUGUUCAAACAAAAGAAAAGGAAGCCCGAGAAAAAAUGGUGGAGCUCCCAAAACAGUUACAAACGGCGGCGCAAGAGGCGGAUCAAGCGAAAUCAAUGGCGCAAGAAGCGCGUGAAGAGCUAAACAAAGCGAAAGAAACAUUGGAACAAGCGAAAGCGGGAGCGAGUACAAUGGCAAGCCGAUUACUUGCGGCACAAAAGGAAAUCGAAGCGGCAAAAGCUUCGGAAAAGUUAGCUCUGGCGGCCAUUGACGCACUUCACGGGACUGCGAAUGAACCAGAAACCGGAGUUACGCUUUCUUUGGAGGAAUACUAUGAAUUAAGUAAGAAAGCCCAUGAAGCGGAAGAAGCGGCAAACCUACGUGUGGCGGAAGCAAUCUCACUGAUUGACGUAGCGAAAGAGUCGGAAUCGAAGAGCUUGAGUAAGCUCGAGCAAGUGACGUCGGAACUGGCUGCAAGAAAGCAAGCACAUGAUGCGGCGUUACAAAAAGCGGAAAAGGCAAAAGAAGGAAAGCUGGGUGUGGAACAGGAUUUGAGGAAGUGGAGAGCGGAAAACGAGCAAAGGCGGAAAUCGGGACUAGGGGUGGGCCCACGAGAAAGUUUUGAAGCGGCGAAGAGUUUUAACACGAAGCCCGUUAGCUCGUCAAACCAGAACCCGAGGCCUGUUGUGAAGACGGUUUUACCUGAAAGCAAUAACAACAGCAAUAGCAACACGGCGGAAUCUUCACCCGAGGUGAGGAGUUUGAAGAAAAAGAAGAAGUCGUUUUUCCCUCGGAUUUUUAUGCUAUUGAGAAGGAAGAAAUCGGGGUUGAAUAAGCGAGGGUAAAUGAUGGAACUGAGAGGUGUCGGUAAUGUUAUACGUGUAACAUAUGCUGUUGGUUUUGAUUGUGAUUCUAUUUGGUCAUAAAUGAGGAACACAAUAAGUUGUAUUUUUAUUGUUGUGUAACAAAUUCCAGGUUUGAGUUGUGUAUUGUAUACUUAUACUUCACUUCACUUGUCUAGUACUAUCGCGUGCAAUUUUUCCUUUU